AUGCGGAAAGCGGGAGCCUGGAGCCCCACGGGAAUGGAUUCUGCGAUCAGAGAUAUGAAGGAGUCCAGCAGCAGCUACCAAACACCCUGGUUUGAAGAUUCGGCCUCCCUGGGUCGCCUGGAAGGCAUCCCAGGUGGGCCAGUGGCUACCCACGGCCCGGAAAAGGGUGAAUUCAUGCAUUACAUACUGGUGGCAGCACAAGCUUGCUUGUACCCAUGCCAGUGUUCCACGCAGACACUCCAGUGUCCUGCUGGCACCAGUUUGCUGCUGGACGGCUGCGGAUGCUGCAAAGUAUGUGCCAGGCAGCUUGGCGAGCUUUGCUCUUUGCAGAAGCCUUGUGAUCACCAUAAGGGUCUCUACUGCGACUUUUCCAAAAUCCAUAGAGACAAUGGCAUUUGCUUAGCUCAUGAAGGAGCAACGUGUGACUUGAUGGGGAAGAUCUACUUUAAUGGGGAGAACUUCCAGCCCAGCUGUAAGCUGCAAUGCAACUGUAUGGAUGGGGCUAUUGGCUGUAUCCCCCUUUGCACAGAUGGAGCCCGGCUCUCUCCCAUUGACUGCCCUCUCCCUUACCAGGUGAAGGUGCAGAGCAAGUGCUGCGAAGAGUGGCUCUGUGAAUGGGGCAACUGGAAGAACCACAAGGGAAAGGAUACCACAGUUUACAGGAACAAACCUGCGCACAAGGGCAAAGCCAAGAGCAAGGCCCAUCGUAAGGUGAGCAGCCUCCAAAAGAACUGCUUGGUGCAAACCACCCAAUGGAGCGCCUGUUCCAAGACGUGUGGGAUGGGAAUCUCAACCAGGGUCACAAACAACAACUCGCAGUGCCGCCUGGAAAAGGAGAGCAGGCUGUGCAUGAUCCGAUUCUGCAACAUCCCCUUGGAGAAGAGCAUCAAGAAGGGAAGGAAGUGCAUGAGGAAUGCAAAGCCUCGCCAAGUAAUGCGAUUUGUGUUCACGGGCUGUACCAGCGUCCGAUCCUACCGGCCCAAGUUCUGUGGCCGCUGCACAGACAGGCGAUGCUGCACGCCGCUCACCACCAGCACCACCGAAGUUGAAUUCAAGUGUCCAGAAGGGGACUCUUUUGUCCGCAAGAUGAUGGUCAUCAAAUCCUGUUCUUGCCACUAUGAUUGCCCCACAGAAAAUGAUAUCUUCCUGGCAAUCUACCGACGGCGAAUGAUUGGAGACCAUGUCAAGCUGGAGAGGCAGUAAUAGUAGCCAGAGUAUGGAAAAGAGUUACAUUUUGGACCACAACAUUCAAGACUUCAUCCCACUGAACAUGUCAAGUCUUUGGAAGAGUAGGUUUACCAUACAGCUCAGACAUACUCCUUUUUGAAAUUAAAUGGAUGGUUUUCCAACCUCUGUCACACACUAGCAAACUAUCCAUUUUAUUCAAGAAUUCUCCAUUGAUUUGCCAUCUUAUUGUAGAGAGAGUUGUUCCUGCCCACUCUUCCUGCCCUCAUUUUGUUUGAGGAAAGAGCCCCUUUUUCUCCUGGACGAUGAUUUUUGUUCCUGGGUUAUCAAUGGCAUUUCCU